AUGGACGAGUCUUCUCCAAUCCAGGUCGCCAGCACUGAGAAUCUUCGCGAAGGACCAGUAGAAAAUUUGCCAACAACUGCUCCGCCCGAGAGCCCUGCGCCAGGUCGUUCACCAGAAACUACAGAGGUGACCUCUGGAACAGAGCGUUCUGGUCAACUUGCGCUGGGUCUGGGGGUCCUAUCCUCGUGCGCAGGGGCUGAACCGCAUUACUUUGGCUUCUCAGCUGGUCUAAGCCUUGCACAUUUUGUUCAGGUUGCCAUUGAUUCUGGGGAAAACCCUGUCGACGUGUCUCUACCUCAGCUCGCCGACAGACCCUUCUCGCACCAAGUGCCAAAAGCCAACAUCACAUUAGCCGAACCUCCCAAAUACAAUGCAGGAGCGAGCUAUAUACGGGCUUAUCUGGCACUCGUGCAUCCCUUGUAUCCGUUCUUGAACUUGGAAAGGCUGUGGCAUUUGCAUCGCUCUAUCACCAAACGACGAGAUGGGCAAGAAUCUCUUAGUACAGAGCAUAUUGACUUGACAAUAAUGCAUUUAGUAUACGCCAUUGGUUCCAGGUGCCUUCAGCUGCUUCAAAGGUUUAGCAUUUCGAGUACAGUUCCCGAGGGACAUUUUCUUCGAGCAAUGGAGCAUAUUCGUCAAGACCUCAAGUUUACGAGCACCAAGUCCAUCGAGGUGACGUUACUUCUUGCCAUUCAUUCAAUGCGCUCUCCUUACGGUAAGCAAAUCGUUGUUAAUAUUACUCUACUCAUGUGUACGCUUGCUGACGAGGUCAUGCCAACCAAAGGUACGAGUGUAUGGCAUCUUGCGGCCCUAGCUAUUCGUCAAUGUCUCGAACUUGGACUCCAUAAACAACGCCACGUAGAUCGCCAAAAUAUGGAAGUGGACCACUAUCGGAAGAGACUGUUUUGGAGUGCCUAUAUUUUUGAGAGGAAAACAGCUUUAGUUCUAGGUCGGCCAUUUGCUCUCUCAGACGAAGAAAUUGACCUUUCUUUGCCGGCGGCUAUGGACCAUAGUGAUCAUGCCACCACUCCAGAUGAAAUGCCACAACAUAGUCUGGACCAUGGGUCACAGUGUAAAACUACCCUCAGUUUUCACCGGCAGCAUAUACAGCUAUACCAAAUCCACAGCGAGAUUCGCCUGGCCCUGUCACGAAUGAAGAAAACUCCUGCAAAGGAGGGCCUGCGAACGACAACAUCCAAAUUGCUUCAACAACUGGACCAAUGGAAAAAGCAAGUUCUAGAGACGUUCAUGGAAGACGCUUCCAAGGGGCCUGAUGGUUCUAGAAGGCUUACAGACCUCUUACGAGAACAGGAUAAUGCUGACAGCGAAGAGUCGUCGUCUUCGGAAACCUCCCAAGACCAAGGAUUUCUCAAAAGGUCUGCCGAGAUGGAAAAGACUGAGCUGUUAUUAGAAUACCACAAAGCACGAAGGUCAUUACUUCAACCAUUAAUGACCGAAAAUUGUCACAAUUACCCAUUUGAGACAACCGACUACGCGGCAUGCGCCGAGUCAUCUGGACAAAUAUGCCGGCUCUACAGGCGCCUCCAUCGUCUGUCACCGAUUCCGUUCUCACUAAGAGAUCUGCACGCCGUUUUCCUUGCUGGCUUCACGUUAAUUUACUGUAUCCGCACGUGUCCCUCUAUCUAUUCCGUGGAGCGCAUCGGCGACGUCGGGGCCUGUUCCACUGUCUUAUAUGUCAUCACAGAACAGUGGUCAAGCGCAAAGAAAUACCGUGACGUUUUCGAGACAAUCUCAGAGAAGAUGCUAGACGCAGUGAAAGGGCAGCACCUUGGAAAUCACAGUGGUGAAGGCUUGUCAAGCCGAGAGACACAUGGCGCGACAGCGAUUAACAGACAGAGACAGAGACAAUCCCGCAUGCCACAUGUGCUUGACGGUGAUUUCAACAUCACAUCAAACUAUGUGGAGAGGAAUGAGUACCACGCUAGGAGAGAGCCUGUAGAGCCUUGUGAGACUCGGAGACGCGUCUCUGAUGAAAUACCUGCGCAGUCCUCGUUGGAGUUGACGCAACCGACGUACUUACUCCUCGAUGGGGAUCGAUGUACUGAUGCUAUAAAUUUUGUCCCUCAUUUCCGUCAAAGCAUAGACUUGGACUUGGAUCACGAUAUUGAGAAACUUCUCUCGAGUGAGGGACUAGAGUGGUUUACUGGUGCCGUUCUGUAG